CAGAGAUGAUAUUUAAAUGGUAUCUUCUUGCUAUGUUUUGGGGAAUUUAUGGUGAUCAGCUCAUUCCUAGGAUUGAAGAAUGUGGAGUCACAUGUUCACAGGGAUUUCUUUGCAAAACAGAACCAUCAACUGAUAUUUUUAACAGUUUCUGCCAUCAUGCUGCACCUUCUCUUGCUCCCAGCACCCUGAGAAAUAUGAAGCUCUGGACUGCAAUGAAGUGUGUAGGACAAAAUGAAUGUUCUCUUCACUUGAGUGUUAAGGGGACGCUGCAUCUUGGUGGUAAGUCAGAAGAUUCAGCCUGGGAUCUGGCCAAUGGCAAGGGCCUGUGGCUCAGUGCUCCAGCCUAUACAGGAAGUCCCAGGUUCAUUCCUGAGCAGCUCCAGAUAGAGCUGGAUAGACUUUUGUGGGCCGUUGUCCAUCCAUGUGUUUCCCAAUUAUUUACAGGAAAUAUCCAUGGAAUGGAAAUUUGUUCUCUCUCAAUGGACACUCAGAGCUCACAGUGUGUGAAUGUGAAGAUUUCUCGGCAGGUGCCUGUAAAACUUGCUGGAAGGAAGGUGAAAGUGCAGUUUAAUUGCUUUGAAGUCAGUGCAGGGCAACAUCUCCAUGUGACCAUGAGGACAAUUCCAAAUUACUGCAGUGUUAAAAUGAAUCAAGAAUAUUAUGUUGAAGAUUGCAGAAAUGGUGAUGUAGAGAAAAGCAUUCCAGCCUGUUUCGCUGGCAAAAUGGCCUUUGAUGUGGACAGAACAAGAAAACUAAUUUCAGUGGAUAUCUCAGAGGUUGUUCAAGGCACAGACUAUUACAUUCGCUUAUGUCGUGAAUGGUUUGUGUGUGAAGAUGAAGGCCCCGUCACCUUGGUUCAAGGUAAGGACUUGGUGAAAUCAGUCUCUCUACCAUAUACUCAGCUGCUGUCAUGUCUGUGCAUUGAGGCCUGGCCAGCAGUUUCAGAUGCAAGGAGAAUGCGAUCAUGCCCAUUCAAGAAUGAUACCAAGGCUCUGUGGGAUAACAUUAUUUAUAAUCCUGUCACACAAACUUUGUCAUGGGAAGCCGCUUGUCCUGUUCAGGUCAAUGUCAGCCUUUGUCAGCUGAUGAAGACCAAUGAUUGGUGUAUUGAUUUAGAGAACACGGCAAAUACUGCUGCAGAGAAAGUGAAAUAUUCCCAAGUUGAUGUACAUCCAAGACUUUGCAUGAAGUUUACAACUAAGCACACCUCUUGGGUUCGAUGCCCAUUUGCUCAUGGAAAAUCCCAAGCUUGGAAGAUGAGAGUUGCUGUGAUGGAAGAACAGCUAGAAGUUUCCUUCACCUCACACACUGAAGCGCAGUUUUCAGUUCUUGUGUGUAACAGGACUGGCUCGUCUUCAUGCAACUCUACUGGAAUUCGGCAGUCAGUCUCAGUGGGGGGUUUAAGUUCAACAUCUGUCAACAUUUCAGGGAAUAUCUGUGGUGCAAACAUCUGCAUUCAGGGUUGGAGGACAGAUGUGGACUAUUCUAUUCCUUCGUACAUCUGUGAUCUUCCCUGCACCUCUUCCUCUUGGGGUCAAGAACAGUAUGAAAAGUCCUUAAGUGUCCUAUCUAUAGUAGCAUUACUUCUGAUACUUAUAACCAUGAUGGCUCUCCUUGGACACAAACUGUUGCCAGGUACUCAUCUGGAUCAUGCAGUGUCUUGUGAUUCUGUCCUUUGUAUUUCUGUACUCAAUCUCUGGGGCCUUCCUCCAAAUGCCAGCUCUGAGAGAACUGUGGAGGGUGGCAACUAGGGAAAGGCUUUCUCGGUGGUGUUGCCUCAUCUAUGGGAGAACAUCCCUACUAUAGAAACAUAGAAACAGAGCGAGUCAGAAGGGGUCUCCUGGGCCAUCUAGUCUGACCUCUGGCACCAGCCGGCUCUGCUCACGACAUGCCCACCAUGUGGACGUCCA